AUGACUUCUAAUGAAAUGGUAAAUUAACUAAAUAAACUUCUUCAAUAAUCCAAUAUUUCCAAUUCUAAAUAAUAAGUUUAACAAAUUUAAAGACCUUCCCUAGUAAAUUAACAAAACACUCAAUCAAAAUUUAGUUAAGCUUUUGCUUUAAACAAUUAAAAAAUAAAAACUAGGUUAUUUUAAAAGAAAGACAGUAACUCAUUAUAAUCUGAAAUUGGCUAAUCUUGUAGUAAAAAUAAUGGGAAGUAUUUUAUGAUCAAUGGUAAGUUUGGAGAAAAAAGGUUUGUUAAUAGAGAAUCAAAUGAAUUUGAAGAAGAAAAUAAGGAAAAUAUUUAAAAUAUAUAAAUAGAAUCUACUAAACAUAUGAAUUUUUAAAUACAAAAUGAAUGCUAAGUUAAUGAAAAAUUAGGAUCUUUUAAAUAAUUAAUAAAUUAGAUUCACUGCAAAAAUAAAGGAAAAUAAUAUUGA